AUAAGUCUAUUGGUCGCUAAUUGCUGCGCUCGAGCUCGAGGUCCAUGUGCAAGUCAUGUCACAGGAAAAAAAAGAUUACUAUAUUUGCGUGGUAGGAUUUUUAUAACCCAGCGGGCCAGUCUCGUGCCCCGCUUGCCGUAACGAACGCGCUGCUUCUGUUUUACCGCUGGAGAUCGCGAAUCUUGCACCUGGCGGUGAACUGGCAGUUGUAAAUAUGGCGGCCGCGUUUGAAGGGGUGCGAUUAUCCAGCCUCUCUGAUGCCGGCGAAAUAACUCAGAAGUUCCCCGUCCCCUUGCUUCUGACAGUGGCCGACGAAUCGGAUAACCUCAUCGUGAAGUUCAAGAAGCGUGAGAGCAAUGGGCCAGAGUCUGUGCACGAGGUCGAAGUUUUCAAAGACACGGACACGGCCCGCGUUGGCAAGCGUGCCUUCGUCAUCACCCACUCCAAAGGAACUCUGCUGGUGCUCUUCCCUAACAGCCAAGAGUUGCUUCGGUUUCAUCGGAUAGUGGAAGCGUUUAAGACUGGCCUGAGCAACUCCACCUUCCGGCAGAGGACCGACGAGGCUUCGGCCACACAGUACUUCCAGUUUUACGGCUAUCUAUCACAGCAGCAGAACAUGAUGCAAGAUUACAUUCGCACCUCCACUUACCAAAGGGCCAUCCUCAACAACAUGGAGGACUUCAAAGACAAGGUGGUGCUUGACGUAGGCGCUGGGUCGGGCAUCCUGUCUUUCUUUGCGGUGCAAGCCGGCGCUCGCAAGGUGUUUGCCGUCGAGGCCAGUUCCAUGGCCAAGCAUGCCGAGUGCCUGGUGUACCACAACAAGGUAUCUGACAAGGUGGUGGUGAUACCGGGCAAGAUUGAGGAGAUCAGCCUGCCUGAGCCUGUGGACGUGAUCGUGUCGGAGCCCAUGGGCUACAUGCUGUUCAAUGAACGAAUGCUUGAGACCUACCUUCAUGCCAAGAAGUGGCUCAAGCCCCAGGGCAAAAUGUUCCCAACGCGAGGGGACUUGCACAUUGCUCCCUUCUCGGACACUGGCUUGUACAUGGAGCAGCUCAACAAAGCCAAUUUCUGGUACCAGCAGAGUUUCCAUGGCGUGGACCUUUCCAGCUUGCGGGAGGCAGCCGUCAAGGAGUACUUCAGGCAACCUGUCGUGGACACAUUUGAUGUGCGCAUUUGUCUGGCCAAGUCCCUUCGGCACACUGUGGACUUUGAGCGUGCCACUGAAAACGAUCUGCAUUGUAUCGAGAUACCCCUGCAAUUCAGCCUGCUGCAGUCUGGAGAGCUGCAUGGGCUGGCCUUCUGGUUUGACGUGGCGUUUGCCGGAUCUGUCCAGACAGUGUGGCUCUCGACGGGCCCCACACAGCCUCUCACGCACUGGUACCAGGUGCGCUGCCUGUUGGAGACACCGUUGUUCGUGCAGCGGGGUCAGCGCUUGGGUGGUCGGGUGGUGCUGCGCUCCAAUCGCCGCCAGAGUUAUGAUGUUGACAUCGAACUUGAGCUCGAGGGAGGUUUGCGGGCGUGCAACAGCCUGGACUUGAAGAACCCCUUUUUCCGGUACACGGGUCAACCUCCUCAGCCACCCCCAGGCUGCCACGAGACAUCGCCCAGCGAGGCCUAUUGGGCCACCUUGGAUGCCAAUGCUGGAGCGGACAGCGCAGCGGCCAGCCAGCUUGUCAUGAAUGGUAUGCCGCUCAUGAAUGGCACGGGAGUGGUGGACAUGCAUGUGCAGCCAGCCAUGGUGGCCCAGCAGCAGCAGCCACUGGGGGUGCACCUGUCAAAUGUGGUGUCCCUAGGGUCACUGCCAAGCCCCGGCACUGUGAACUCGACCAAGACGGUCAACUCCAGAGCUCAGGCCGUGCCUACAAGCUCAAUUGGUGGAGGCAUUUCACCAGCCUUAUUCAAUCAGCAACAGGUGCUCCUCAGCAGCAGCAGCAGCAGCACAUCCCAGUUCCCUGUAAAUAACAGCCUCAUGAUUGGAGACUAUGUCACACCCGGCAACAUCCUGAUGCCCACCGGCACUUACAAGAACUGAGCGUUGUACUCUUCUCUGCCUGGCAGCCGUGAGGUUGUUGUGCAACAACAAGGCUCAAAAUUUUUGCCUCAUCAGUGUCCCGAGUCUGCUGCCACCAUGCUGUCUCCAUUAGGUUGUCGUCAACCACAGCGUCUACUUGUCAGGUCCGUGCAUUUGGCACAACAGAGCACAGGGGCACACGAAGUUAGCCUUGAAGCUGUGAUAAUUGAACCAAGGGCCACCUUAGGAGCAGCAUUCUUUUCACACAUUCGGGUCGACAGAAGAGGGCACGCCCAUCUAACUGUCUGUGAGUGGAACGUUGUGUUGUUGAAACGAAAAAGGAAGGUAACAUGAGAAUAUGCGCUGACUACCUGUUGAGGAAACGUAGAAUAUAUAGAUACACGAAGGAAUGAAAAAAGGUGAGGUUGGAAUUUUAGUGGCGUGCGUGACGUCAAACAGCCAUUUUCUUUUCUGAAGAAAUUAUGUGAUGGAAUGUUUACACGAAGGUUUGCACGAGAGACAUUCAAGGCCUCUGCCUUCCACCAAACAAUUGAGCGAUUGAUCUGCAUUGUCACCCGACUAUGCGCUAUCAUAUGCAACUAUCAUAGUGCAACUAAGCUCUAUGGAUAUCGGAGAUACGCGCUAUAAUCCUAUUAAAAUUCUAACCUAAUCUAUUUUUCAUUCUUUUACGUAUCUAUACAUUCUUGGUUUCUUCACUAAAAAACUUUCAGCUGGCAGUCGGAGCCCGUCCUUGUGUCAACUUUCUUCGCCCUGUUGCUGUGCUGUUUCUUCUCUUUUUCUUUCCCAAUUUCUGAGUUACGUAGCAACUAGCCUGCCUUUGGCUACCACAGCUUCAGACACGGCUCUUAAAAACACGGCUGCUCUUGGUAAACCCAUUGUUUCCACAAGUAGCACAUCUUCAUGUGAUGGUAGGUCGUGGCCUUUUCUUUGUCAACUCAUCGAGUGUUGUGUGUGGCCUCUCGCAAUGGUGUUUCAUUGCUUGGAUUCCCAGGGCUGCGCUGCGUGUUUCCUUUGGGCUCUGUUGUUGUGCCAUAGCAGGUCCAGCCAUCAUGGUGAUGCAGGUUGAUCCGUGUGUGCACAACAAGAGCCGUUUGUUUGUUCACCGAAAGUGAAUGUGGCUUUGUGAGCCAACUCAGUGCUCUUAUCGGUGCUGCUUCUUUGCUAUGCACGUCACAUGGGCAUUCCAGGUAUACACCGGUAGUCAUAUGUUGAAUAAAGGGGUGGUUUUUUAGUCUUGCCAUUCUUUCUAUCUCGUGGAUAUAGCCACUACGGAAACGCCGGGCUGUAGCUUUGGCUAAGCACUAACUCACUUGAAUAAUGGGUUUGUCGGCUUCGUCACGGCGGACCCUGCUUAGUAGAGGUGGGCUUGUUGGAAUACUUGCAUGUUUGAUGCAGCACCCAAAGUCAAAGGCCUUGAACCAGGAACCACUGGACAAGUGCUGUAAUUGAAGUUUUUCGCAUUCAAAGAGUGGGACACGCACGCGUUGAUCAUGCGUCAAUUUUGUUAACACACAGGAGAGUCUGCGUAUCUGCUUGGAAGGUGUAAGUGAUGAUAUCGCGGCAGCUAAUCGUCAUUUUGAGCAAGUGCCCCAACGAAAUGUCACUUUAGUGGCAUGCUGCUACACGAGAAACAGAAGUGUACUUUGGAAAUAAAUGGAUACUUUAGUAGAACAGCAGGUGUAUGUUAUUAGGAGUCCACAAAACAAACCUUAUGUACAAGUGUGGUGACUGCGGCCUUUUCACAGUGUCUGCUAAGCAUGUCUCCAGCAGUUGUGGCUGCAAGCUGCCUGACAGGCAGAACAGCAGAGUAGUUGCUCAUGGUAUAAGACUAUUCCUAAUAAUGAGAAUGACAUAUUAAAAAUGGCACGAGCUCGGAAAAUACCUUAUGUACUCUCGAGCCACUGCUACCAAGGCUUUUCAGGGAGUGUGACUAAACGUUUUAAGUGACACAGCAUGCAAAUGACACUAAUGGCAAAGUGUACUUAAGUUGCCCCGUGCGACAGUGGUAUGACAUUUGAUUUUUCUCGCUUUUGCGCAUGUCUACUAUGCCUGGCCUAAUUUGCUGGUAUUUUUUUCCCAAAUUGUUUUUUCAGUUAUAAUGGCACUCUUUCAGUCAUUUUUAUGCAACAUCUUUCAGUGCUGCAUCGACUAUGCCGGCCUUCCUUGCAUCUAACAGCAGUAUGGUCCACUAAGUGCUCUCGUAUAAGUACUUGUUAUUAGUGUUGGUUAUAGAAAGGUAUUUGCUGAGGUAUGAAGGGGUGUGCAGUUGUGCUUCUCAGUCUGGCACACACUUUAAUUCUUCCUGCUUUACCACAGUGGCUCUUCAUUCUUCAUUUAAACUGUAACCUCAUUAUAAUGAAGGCACACUGACCCUAAAAUAACUUUAAAUUCAUUAUAAAUGUAUAUCUGUAAGACUAUAUAAGAAGACUGAUUUUUAUUUUUCCGCUAAAGCCAAUAUUUUUUUAUAUCUGAAGGUUUGUUAUAACGCAUAAUUCGUUAUACCGAGGUGCGAGUGUGUUUGCGGGAGGCCAGUUCCCUUUACCAGUCGUUAUAACCGAUAAUUUGUUAUAUCUAAAAAAUUGUUGUAUCGAGGUUUUAGUAUUUGCAAAAGGCUCAGUCUCAGAUGCUCUCUCUGGUUGUUCGGCUCCUGUUGUGUGCUCAAGGGGUUCAACACUUACAGUUAAUGUGUGUCCAUGCAUGUUCAUGUAUGUAUGUGAAUGUGCACCUCACAAUUGCUGUGCUGUAGAUUUGGCUAGUGCUGUGCUUCAGCUUCUUGUUUUAAGGAGGCUGCCAGCUCUAUCAGGUGUAUAUGUAUGUGCUUGUUUUUUUUUUUGUUUUGUUUUUUUACUACCUUGUGUAAGUGAUUUUUUGUUAUUAUUUUUAGUGCUUUUUUUUUUCAGUUUAUCAGGUAUGGUGUAAACAGUGCUCAAGUUUUUCUCGUUUUUUUUAUUUUUAUUUUGUGUGUGUGCAUGGGUUGUGGUGUUCUUUGCUUUAAUCCGUGGCAGCUGGAUGUGCCAGUUGUUGAGCCGAGAUUAAUUGCCUGCUGGUUUUAUUGCUCAUACUGCCGUGCAUUUCAGUACGCCAAAGGCAUGUGGCAUUACAGCGGUGGUACUUGCCAGUCAGGGCUUCGCAGCGUGCAUUUGAACUGCAAGGAUCCAGAGUAAAUGCUUGCAGUGACACAUGUGACAAGUCUAUUGCCAACCUUCGAAGGGGGUACCAUUAGAGGAAUGUUUGCUCACACUUCAUUUUAACAUUCACAUCUAUCAUGAAAAUACUUCGGUAUGUAUGUGACAGCUAUUCAUCACUUUGUUAUAACAGAUAAAAAAUCCAAAAUUCGGGGGGUUGUGUCGAACCAACGUUUCAACAAGCAUACUUGUGUUCCUCAAGGCUAGAACAGAAAUAGUUAUAGCAGAUAAUUCAUUAUACUAUUGGUUAUAACAAAGUAAAGAAUAGUUUUGUCAUCAAUACAGUGUGACAAAUAUACAUUCAUAAUGAAUUUUUGUGGGCAACGAACUAUUUUUGGGGCAGAUGUGACUGUUACUGAAGUCUUGAGUUUUGCUCGAACCAUGCUUCAAAUGUCCUCUCGAGAAGGUCCAUUGUCAGAAAAGCAAUGAAGUCCUCCUCCUGCUUCAUGAACAGUGGUCUUGCAGCAGAUUUUGCAUUACGCAGUGUGAAAAUUUUAUGUAGAAAUUUCAGGAAGUCUGUGUGCACACCAGACACAUUUUUUCUGUAAACAUUUGUAAAUUAGCAUCCUUCUACUUCCCUAGAAAUGAAUUAUUGUGUCCUCUAAUUUUUUCAUUGUAUUUGUAGACAAAGGAAGAGAAUUCCUUCCAGCAGUGGGGCUGUGUUUUUUGGUGGCUUUGCUUUGGUCACUGGAAUGGGUAGGAUUGAACCUGUGAUAUGCUUCUUGUCUCUGCCUGAGACUGUGGAGUAUCUUGUAUAAAAUCUGUGUGUGGCGAUCUCUUGUGGAGUGCCGAGAGCUUGUUGAAACCGAGAAAAAUCUUGCAAUAAAUCUGCUCAUUCGGCUCGUGA